AUAUCCUCUACACGCGCAGAGACUGAAGAACCAGACAAGUGAAAGCGCGUGUCCAAUACUCACGGAAAAAGAGAGCCAGCACGAACUGAGAUUGUUUUGUGACUUUUCUGCUUUUCUUUAACUGUUUGAUGGAGGUUGAGUGACCUGUGUGGAGAUUUCUUCAAUUGCGAUUUUUUUUUUAUUUGCGAAAUCAUAAUUAUUGUUGGUCCUUCCGUGAUGGUUUACAUCCAGGAGUUUGUCCAUAUAGGCUACUGGAGUCAGAUUUAGAUUCGCAUUAGUUUCUUCUUUGGCACCGGUUUGACCGCGGUGUCAUACCGGCUUGUGGAUUGAUCACGAUCAGACUGUCAGCUGAUUUAUAAUUUGCAAAGAGUGAAAGCAUCUUCUCUCAUAAGGACACGGCUGUGUUUCAGCACGGGAGAGACCGAGGAAGGCGCGUGACGAUGCUGAGGGUCUCGGAUGCUUUGGUCACUUUGGUGACUCUCUGCUGUGUAUUCAAAGGGACUGUCGGGGGAUACGGCAUGAGCAUGUUCGCCGCUCAGACUUCUCCACCGGAUCCGUGUUACGAAGAGAACGGUCUCCCCAGAAGAUGCAUCCCCGAUUUCGUGAACGCGGCGUUCGGGAAGGAAGUGCGCGCGUCCAGCACCUGCGGGAAAGCACCGAGUCGGUACUGUGUGGUGACUGAGAAAGGGGAUGAAAGGCACAGAAACUGCCACACGUGCGACGCGUCGGACCCAAAGAAAUAUCACCCACCUGCUUACCUGACCGACCUGAACAAUCCUCAUAAUCUCACCUGCUGGCAGUCGGACAAUUACAUCCAGUACCCUCAAAACGUCACUUUAACAUUAUCCCUGGACAAGAAAUUCGAGGUUACCUACGUGAGUCUGCAGUUCUGCUCACCGAGACCAGAGUCUAUGGCUAUAUUUAAAUCAAUGGACUAUGGAAAGUCUUGGGUGCCUUUCCAGUACUACUCGACCCAGUGUAGAAAGAUGUUCAACAAGCCCAGCAAAGCCUCGAUCACUAAGCAAAACGAGCAGGAGGCCAUCUGCACAGAUUCACACACCGACAUGCACCCUCUCUCCGGCGGGUUGAUCGCGUUCAGCACCCUGGACGGGCGACCCUCUGCGCACGACUUUGACAAUUCACCCGUACUUCAGGACUGGGUGACUGCCACUGACAUUAAGGUGACUUUCAGCCGACUGCACACUUUCGGAGACGAAAAUGAGGAUGACUCGGAGCUGGCCAGAGAUUCUUAUUUUUACGCCGUGUCAGACCUGCAGGUCGGAGGCAGAUGUAAGUGUAAUGGCCACGCGUCACGGUGCGUCAAAGACCGGGAUGAAAACCUAGUGUGCGAGUGCAAGCACAAUACAGCCGGACCAGAGUGUGACAGAUGCAAACCUUUUCACUAUGACCGACCCUGGCAGCGCGCAACCGCCAGAGAAGCCAACGAGUGUGUCGCCUGCAACUGUAACCUCCAUGCGAGGCGCUGUCGUUUCAACAUGGAGCUUUACAAACUCUCCGGGAGGAAAAGCGGAGGAGUCUGUCUGAACUGCCGCCACAAUACGGCAGGUCGCCACUGCCACUACUGCAAGGAGGGCUACUACAGAGACAUGUCUAAGCCCAUCUCUCACAGGAAAGCCUGCAAAGCCUGUGAUUGCCAUCCUGUGGGGGCCGCGGGCAAAACCUGUAACCAAACCACAGGCCAAUGCCCCUGUAAAGACGGUGUGACGGGUAUCACAUGCAACCGUUGUGCUAAAGGCUACCAGCAGAGCCGAUCGCCCAUUGCCCCCUGCAUAAAAAUUCCUAUUGCUCCACCAACUACCACUGCAAGCAGCACAGAGGGACCUUCAGACUGUGAAUCCUACUGCAAGGCUUCCAAAGGCAAGCUGAAGAUCAAUAUGAAGAAGUACUGCAAGAAAGAUUACGCUGUUCAGGUCCACAUCCUAAAGGCAGAAAAAGCGGGCGACUGGUGGAAGUUCACCGUCAACAUCAUCUCUGUCUACAAACAGGGUGAAAGCCGAAUCCGCAGAGGAGAUCAGUUUUUGUGGGUCAGAGCAAAGGAUGUAGCCUGCAAGUGCCCGAAGAUCAAGCCUGGAAAAAAGUACCUGCUGCUGGGCAACGAUGAGGAUUCCCCUGGACAAAGCGGUGUGGUGGCAGACAAGGGUAGUCUGGUCAUUCAGUGGAGGGACACUUGGGCUCGAAGACUACGGAAGUUCCAGCAGCGGGAGAAGAAAGGCAAAUGCAAGAAAGCAUAGUGAGGGGGGAAAGGAAAGAGGUUGCCAUCAAGAGCUGGACAAAGAAACAACAGACGAGUGGCGGAUGAAAAGAUGACAAGGGAAAGGAAGAGAAGAAACAAGAGGGACUGAACAUCGCUGCUUUGAAUAAAGGCAUGAAGAGAAUUUGAACUUUUUUUUUUUGUUUAAAUAGGAACGUGUGAAGGAGUUCACGAUGCAGUUUUCAAUUCUUCUUUGUUUCCUUCAACAUUUGUUUGCUGUUUGCCAAUUUUGCACCUGCGUCCAGCAUAAAGAAAGGUAUUUUAUGUUAAAUGGCUUUCGGAUAAAUUUUGGACCGUUUCAGUCUGGUUGAGCAUCAGAUUAAGCCAUAUUUAAUAUUUCUAAAAACAACCUGGGGAUUGAGGAUCGAUACAUCAGAAAUCUAAAAAAACAUUUUUAGUGCAAAAUAAAUAAAAAGUAAUAGUUCUUAAGCAUGCCUCUUCAUUACAAAAAUAAAACCUUUUUUUUUAAUGAGCUUUAGCGUUUAAAAAUGUAUCUGCUCUAACUUAUGCAUAAUGCAUAAUGCAACAUUUCAGAAAUUUCAACGGAAUUUCAGGAAUUUUUCAUAUGACGGAUAUCAAAACAAAUUUGCUUUUCUUAAGCCAAUUAAAAAUCGUAUUUUUUUUCAAGGUCUGAAAAGUAUCACUUUGUAACAUCCUCCAUUAAAAAACACAAUUUUAUGCAUACAUUUGUGCAUAUUGUUAUUCUAAUUAAUCAUUCAACUAUUGUUGCAAUUCUCGAUGAGCGAACGAAAAGGACAACAUAGAAAAGCUCUUGUACAGUGUAACACGUAUAUUCCGAAUAACACUACUAAUCUUUGAAGACUGGUGCUGCUGGGUUUCAGCCAGAUCAUGACAGACGCUGAAACCGUCCCAGCAAAUGUACAACAAGAGCAAAUCAAGGUUUCUGUUCAAUGUACAUGUUCCUGACUGCCUUUUUGUUGGUGGUGGCCCAAAGUUCGCUAAUUCAAAGCUUAAAGAACCAUCUAACAAUAGCUGAAAAAGAAGCUUAGUGCCCAUUCUCUUCAACAAAGACGAAUAUUUGGUAGAAUUAUUAUUAUUAUUGUAUAUUAUUAUUUUCUGUUUAAGUCGGGAGUCGUGCCACAUUUCCUCACACAAAUCUGCACCCAUAAAUGUUGAAAACUUAUCGAUAAAAUAAGUAAUAGCAUGCUUGCAUAAUUCCUAAAAUUAUUAGCACGCAUUUACAAUUAUUUUUGAACUUGGAAUAAAACCACCAUGUAUAUUUUUGUAUAAGACAUGAUGACCGAGCCAGAUCAUCAUUUCUUGGUCCAUAUGAUGCUCUGAUUCAAUUGUCUAUGGUCCAGACAUAAUGAUGGCAUCCUUUUGUUAAAACGAGUCCACUGUAUAAACAGGCCUUUCCGUAAGUCCUGAAAGUGUUGGUAGAAUGGUGUGUACAGUUCAUAUUUUUCCUUGUGUGUAAACGGUAUUUAGAAGUGUACAAAUUACCUUUAACUAGUAUUCAUGAACUAGCAUUUGGUUUUGUAAAGCAACAGCACCUCUUCUUUAAAAUGUCCAUGUCCAUUAGGGUCCGUGAAUGUAGGAAUGCAUGUACAGUAAUGUUUCACUACAACAGAAAAUUCUCUUCACUGUGAGAAACGCUGCUCAUACACACACACACACACACACUUCUUGUUAAUAAUGAGUCUAAUAUUGAGCUGGACGUUCUGUAAAGUUCAGCUUUUGCACUGAUCUUCGAGCGUCACUUGACGUUUUCUUGUGUGGUCAGUACUUCACAGAUCAGUCAAAAAAUAAACUGCAAACUGACUGUUUCAGCAUCUAAUAAAAAAGAGAGAGAGAAACCGAUUUGAUGAACAGUUUACGUGUGCAGUACUUAUCAUCUUUACUCAAUGAUUACUUCUUGUAAAUGUACACAAUGUUUGACAAACAGAUAUUUAUACAUAUGCUGUAUUUACCGGUAAUAUUCGUAAUACCACAUGUAAAUGUAUUUUGUUUGGCACUCAGUAUCUUAGUGCGCACUCAUUUUUAUUUCAAGGUAUUCCAAUGAUGUAAAUUUAUGUUCAGUUUUGACUUUUCGGAGCAGUGGAAAGAUGGCUCCUGUAUUUGACAUUAGCAGCAGACCUUACAUACAUUGCUUCUUGUUCAUAUUAUGAAUUGUAAAUUUAGCUAUGGCAAAUACAAGACGUCUGCAAUAUUGUUUUACAAUGCAUACUAAUAUAUUAUGGUUAUUAUAAGAAAAUAUUUAAUGACAAAUUGUGAUUUUUUUUUUUUAUGUCUUUAUAAUUUUUUUUGCUUUGUUUUUAUACAGUUUGUGGUUGUUUAGAUGGUUGAGAUUAAAAUCCAAAGGGGAAAAUAACUACUGAACACCAUCCUGGUAGAACUACAUUCAGCAUUCAUUUGGAAUAAAAUCUCAAAACAUUAUCAGUGUGCCUUUUCAUUUUUGCCCAUGCAUAUAAUUGUAGAUUUAAUAAAGUCUCAUCAGCACUAACGUUUUUGACAACAAAUAUAAGAUUUUACAAGAUUUUAACGCCACCACCAAAUAAAAAAUAAAAAAAAGAACAGCCGAGCCAUGCUGUGUUAACUGCAUUUAUUAGAAUUUCUAACCGUCACAUUUCCAGGCUUAAAACCAUUUACAGAAAAGUGUUAAUGAACCAAAAAAAAAAAAAAAAAAAAUACAACAAAAAAUUGGAAAUGAAAAAGAAGAAAA